AUUUAUACUCACAUCCAAAAUGACUAUUGAAAACAAAUUCUUAACUAGCAAAAAGGUAUCUAUUGUUGGCAUUCCUUUUUCUGGUGGACAACCCAAUUUGGGAGUAGAAACUGGACCUAUCCGUCUUGUUGAAUUUGGUUUGGCUAAUCAAUUGGAAGAAAUGGGUUACCAUGUUGAUUAUGAAGCAAAUGAAGAUUUAGAUUCUUUGAAACCUGCUGAAGAUCCUGUUGUGCAAAACCUCAAGAAUCCAAAGUUUGUAUCUAGAGUGACCCAGAAGGUGGCUGGACAAAUUGAACAACGUGCUAAACAAGAUAACUUCGUCUUGACUUUGGGUGGUGAUCAUUCUGCUGCUUUGGCUACAGUCUCUGGUGUUUUCGCUGCUUAUCCUAAUGCCUGUUUGAUUUGGGUGGAUGCUCAUGCUGAUAUUAAUACACCUGAAUCAACUGACUCUGGUAACAUCCAUGGUUGUCCCUUAUCCUUCUUGACUGGUCUUUCUACAGAUCAUCCUGAUUUUGCUUGGGUAAAACCUGUUUUACAAACUGGACGAUUGGCUUACAUUGGCUUACGUGAUGUGGAUGAUGCUGAAAAGAAGAUUUUAAAGGAAAACAACAUCAAGGCUUUAUCUAUGCAUCAUGUUGAUAAGUGGGGUAUUGGAAAGUGUGUGGAAAUUUGUUUGGAUCAUAUCAAUCCUAAUCGAGACCUUCCUAUUCAUCUUUCCUUUGAUGUUGAUGCUUUGGAUCCUUCUGUGGCCCCUAGCACUGGUACUCCUGUACGUGGUGGAUUAACUUUCCGAGAAGGUCAUUAUAUUUGUGAAGCUUUGGCAGAAACUGGAUUACUUGUUGCAGCUGAUAUUAUGGAAGUGAAUCCUGCUCUGGAAUCUGAAGAAUCUGCAUUUAACACUGUACAAGUUGGUUGUUCUUUAGCAAGAUGUUGUCUUGGUGAAUCUCUUUUGUAGAUACAAUACAUCAUCAUUAUUUUUAUAUAUUAUUAUUAUUAUUUUUUUGUACCUGAUCCCCUAGAAUUAUUUUUCUUAUAUUCCAAAAUAUUAAUAAAAAAAAUCCCCUCCUCUUUUUACUUUUU